AUGUCUGGAUACGAAUUUUUCACCUCAGGUGCACCAAAGCAAACUCAAGAAUCAACAUGGAAUUUUCAAUUUCGAAAGUUAUUUACAAUCAAAACCUUAAAGGAUUUCGAAGUAGAAAAAGAAACUUCGGGUUUUAAAAGAACUUUGAGUGCAUUUGACUUGAUAAUGAUUGGCUUGGGUGGUAUUAUUGGCACCGGAAUAUUAGUUAUCACAGGACAAGCAGCGGCUACAAAAGCGGGGCCAGCUGUGGUAAUUUCAUUUAUAAUUUCUGGAAUUGCUGCUAGUUUUGCGGCAUUAAGCUACUCGGAAUUGUCAUCAAUGAUUCCGAUAUCCGGGUCCGCCUACACGUUUGUUUACGCAACGCUAGGUGAACUUGCUGCUUGGAUUAUUGGCUGGGAUUUAAUUUUAGAGUACGCAGUCGGCGCUUCAACUAUUGCUGUUGGAUGGUCAGGAUAUCUCGUUCAUUUCUUUGAGAAUACAUUUAAUGUACACUUUUCACCAUCAUGGACGAGCGCACCACUACUUUUUGAUCAUCAAACGGGCUAUCUGGAACGAAUACCUGGUGCUUAUAUCAAUUUACCAGCACUUUUAUUAAUUAUUUCUAUUACGAUUAUAUUAACUUUGGGAAUCAAAGAGUCCGCUACUGUCAACAACAUAAUCGUGGGGAUCAAAACUUUUGUGAUAGUAUUAUUUGUUAUAGUAGCUUCAACAAAGAUCAACCCAAAGAACUAUGACCCUUUUAUCCCUCCAAAUGAAGGAUCCUUUGAAAAGUUUGGUGUAACUGGAAUUUUAUCAGCGUCAAGCGUUGUAUUUUUUGCUUAUAUUGGGUUCGAUUCUAUCUCCACUACUGCUCAGGAAGCUAAAAAUCCUCAAAGGAAUUUACCAAUCGGAAUCAUUAGUAGUUUAAUCAUUUGUACGAUCUUGUAUGUGGCGGUAUGUGUUACGUUAACAGGAGUUGUUCCAUAUACGGAGUUGGAUAGUCCAGCACCAGUUGCAGUCGCGAUUAACGCAAUGGGAAUGAAAUGGCUAGGUACGAUUGUAGAUUUUGGUGCUCUCGUUGGAUUGAUAUCUGGUGUUCUCGUUCUUCUCGUGGGACAACCACGUAUUUUUUAUUCAAUGGCAAAGGAUGGAUUGCUCUUUCCAGCAAUAGCAAAACUUCAUCCAAAGUUUAAAACGCCAUACAUUUCAACCAUCAUUACUGGAGCAAUCUGUUCAACGAUAGCAUCCUUGCUUCCAAUAGGCAUGUUGGCAGAAUUAACAUCAGUUGGCACUUUGUUGGCAUUCUUUUUAGUGAAUGUCGGUGUGAUGUUAUUAAGAAUUACGGCUCCUAACGCACCAAGGAAGUUUAAGGUCCCCGGGGGACCUUAUGUAAUUCCUAUCAUUGGAGCUUUAUUAGAUUUAUUAUUGCUGUAUACUGCUACACCUGCUAGCUUGGAAAGAUUAUUUAUUUGGAUGGCAAUUGGUUUAUUAGUUUAUUUCUUUUAUGGCAGAUUUCAUUCGGUUGCCAAUCAUAGUAAUCAUUAUAUGAAAAAUAAAGAAUUAAAUGAAGGGGGAUAA